UUAUGGUUCGUAAGCUCUCAUAUUCUAAUGAUAUAGGCAUAGCUUUCCAAGAUAAGAUCCAGAAGGAGACCCAGUAUGGAGUGUUUCAAAGACCGGUUGAGGCAGAUAUUUUGGUGAGGGGAUAUUCUGGUUGGAACACAAGGCGUGCCCUCGAAGUGAUAGAGAAACUUUUUCCCAAGGAACCAACAAUUGCUAGUUUCUUGCAGACAUGGUGUUCACUUCUCCUCUGAAGGGAGCGAUACACUGGUGGCAGAAAUACUUAAGAUUCUCAAGGAAGCUGAAUGGGAACCAUCUUUGCACUGGAAGGCUUUGCCUACUGAAUUUGCCGCAGACUCGCCCUACGACCUCGCUGCAUCAGAUGGGAAGAGCACUCUUGAACAUAUCAGAGUGGGUGUUCCACAGGGAGGACAAGUGGGACUAGAUCACUAGACCCUGCAACCCAUCAAUGGAAUGGUUUCAACUCAUUUAAGCUCAUUAUAUUCAUUCUGUACACAAGGAAACAUACCUUUGCAUAUUGCAUUGCCUCUUUCCUUUUAAUUAUCGCACGAGACUUCGAUGUGAGUGGCUUGAGUAGGGAGGCAGGUUAUCAGGCCAUGCCUGGGCUUCAAGGUUUGCUAACCAUUUUAUAUAAUUUCACAGUGGUCAUUAUUUGGUCAAGAAAGUCUAAUGGCUGCACUUUCACUUUGAAAUUGUUAUAAAUGUUUUUUUUU